AUGUCGAGGGGAUAUUCUACCUCGGCUUCUGGUUCUGCGUCUUCUGGAAAGGUCUCUCGUUCUGAUUCUGCUCCUGUUCCCACCCCUAAUUCGACUGCCUCUCCUGCCACUACCACUGUACAACAACAACAAUCCGCCUCGGCUUCCAGCUCUACCACUUCCGAUGCCCCAUCCUCGAUACCCAAGUCUACUCUUCAAUCAAAACUUCCCGAUCACGUCGCCGUUACCGCCAUCGCUCCGCCUCGAACGUUCAUCGACAAGCUCCCCAAGGUUCUAUUACCUGUCAAGCCUUACCUAGAACUCAUCCGGAUUGAUAAACCCAUCGGCACCUGGCUACUGUUUUGGCCUUGUGCCUGGUCCAUCACGCUAUCCGCCUUGACCAUGACUCCGCUACCCUCGCCCUUGCUUCCUCUCUGGAACAUGGCAUUGUUCUUGACCGGUGCUGUCGUCAUGCGUGGAGCUGGAUGCACGAUCAACGACAUGUGGGAUGCACGUCUAGAUCGAGCGGUCGACAGGACCAAGAACAGGCCGCUGGCGCGAGGUGCCGUCAGCAUGCGACAGGCAUCUAUCUUCUUGAUCGGACAGCUUUUCGUCGGGUUGGCGGUGUUGUUGCAGCUCAAUUGGUAUAGCAUUCUGCUCGGCGCAUCUUCUCUCGGCCUGGUCUUCAUCUACCCCUUCAUGAAGCGAAUCACCUAUUACCCUCAGAUCGUCCUCGGUCUGGCUUUCAACUGGGGCGCCCUGCUGGGUUGGUCAGCGAUGACUGGGGCUGUUGAUUUGGCCCUCGCCGGUCCGCUGUAUCUGGGAGGAGUUGCGUGGUGUGUGUACUACGACACCAUUUACGCACACCAAGACAAGAAGGAUGACGUCUUGGUCAAUAUCAAAUCGACCGCUUUGCGAUUUGGUUUGGCGACUCGACCGAUCCUGGCCGGGUUGUCUACGUUCUUCGUGGGCACUCUGACCUACGUUGGUCAGGCUAUGACGUUGGGACCAAUCUACUAUGCGGUCUCCGUCUUGGGGACUGCUGUGCAUCUCGGUUGGCAGCUGUUGAAGGUGGACUUCGAGAAGCGGGAGAGUUGCUGGAAGUUCUUUGUUAGUAACGGGCGACUAGGGGGUCUGGUGUGGAGUGGUAUGUGGGGCGAAUACAUUGCGACGUGGAUGGGAUUGUACUAG